AUGAAAGUUCUAGUAGGAGUCAAACGCGUCGUCGACUAUGCAGUCAAGGUCCGCGUCCAAAACAAGAGCGUCGAUCUAAACAACGUCAAAAUGAGCUUGAAUCCCUUUUGUGAAAUUGCCGUCGAAGAAGCUGUCCGUCUCAAGGAAGGAAAGCAUGCUGAUGAGGUGGUUGCAAUGUCUAUUGGACCCAAGCAGUGUACUGAGACUCUCCGAACUGCCUUGGCCAUGGGCUGUGAUCGUGCGAUUCAUGUCACUACUGAUUUGAGGACCGAUUACAUGGAUUUGCAGCCUUAUGCAAUUGCCAAGAUCUUUGAAAAGGUGGCAGAACAAGAAGGCACCGAUUUGGUCUUGCUGGGAAAGCAGGGGAUUGAUAGCGAUUGUGGUCAAACUGGGCCCAUGCUUGCCGGCUUCUUGGGAUGGCCUCAAGUGACCUUUGCCGCCAACUUGGAAGCAAAGGAUGGUGGCAUUCAGGUGGAACGUGAAACAGAUGCUGGUACGGAGACUAUCAAUAUCCCAUCACUCCCAGCAGUUGUCACAUGUGACUUGCGGUUGAACGAGCCUCGUUAUGCCACUCUCCCAAACAUUAUGAAGGCGAAGAAGAAAAAGGUGGAUACCAUUGCUGCUGACAGUUUUGGAAUUGACCUGGAGGCCCACAACGAAGUCCUCGAGGUCUUUGAACCUCCGCAGAGACAAGAAGGAAUAAUGGUGGACGAUAUUGACCAGCUUGUCGACAAGCUUAAGAAUGAAGCAGGUGUCCUUGCUUAA